AUGUAUUCUGAUCUCCUCCGCGUCCUCGUCGGUCAGGACCACCGCGAGUUUGUCGUCCACCGGGGCCUGCUCUGUGCCAGCAGCCCCUUUUUCCGCGACAGCAUCGACGCCGUCCCGGAGGGCCUGACGCCGUCGUCUCCGGCGUCAACACCACCUUCGUCGCCGCCCUCGCCUCCUCCUACAACAAAACCCACCCUCAUUUGGCUCUCCGGCGAGUCGGCCAAUGUCUUUGAGCUGUUUGUGCUCUGGCUCUACCGCCGCCAUGCCUUCCGUGCUGUCGUCGAAGACGCCGUCACCAUCCUCGCCCGUGAGGCCAGGCCCGAUGAGGUUAUUACUCUCUUCCCAGAGCACGACUCGGACACCACCGACACAUCGACCGACAUAUCGGCUGAUGCAUUGGUUGACACGUCGGCCUCGGCCAACUUGAGCGACCUCCAUUGGCACCUGGUUCGCCUCCACCUCUUCGCCGCCUACAUCGACAUACCCGUCCUCCAGGACGCCGUCAUGGACGCCCUGCAGGACCUGUACCUGCGCUUCGACUGGACCGCCACGCCGGCCCUCUUGACCUUUUUGUACGUCGAGGCCGACCCGCGGGCUGCCUGCCGUCUGCGAAAAUGGAGUGUUGCCCUGUUGGCAUGGACCCUCGCCAACAGCAACAGCAGCGGCGAUGACCAUGCAGAACCGGCCCGCCACGGUGGACUCGCCGAACACGCCGAACACGCCGAACAUACUCAACUGCGCGCCCUCCUCCGCCUCAUGGAACCCCUCGCCGACGAGUACGCCGCCCACAUCAGCAAAAUGAAGGCCAGCCGCGCAGACACCCGCAUCAAGAACCCCCAGCUGCGCAUCCCCAGCAACCAGCUGCGCCGCGAGGACCGCCACUUUGGCUUCCGCCAGUGCUCGUUCCACAGCCACCGCCGCGCCGCCGGCGAGGGCCGCUGCCCGCACGAGCGCGCGCGGCGCCGCGGCGCCCUCGACGUCGUGUCGUCGCUGGCGCUGCCUCUGCACUUGGGCAAAGACGUCAGGAUGGACGUCAAAGAUGCCAACAAGACGGUCAGCGAAGCUGUCCACAAAAACGUCACCGAACCUGUCCACAACGUCAACAAAAACGCCAGCCAUGUACCGCCUCGCAGGCCAAGCCAGCACUCGCCGUCGGCGUCCCUUUGCUCGCUCUCGUCCCUCUCCUCGACGUCCAGCGGCAGUGAGCCCCGGCGGGAAGACCUGCCCGUCUGGUCGCCGCUCUCUGUCACGACUCCAGGGUAUGCACCGCUGGGGAUGGAGUCGACCAUUUAA